AUGUCCCAAAAAAUUAUUAACAGGACGUGUGAAAUAUGUGGUGAUAUAGCUUACAGUAGAAAUUAUGUGGCAAUAACUUGUGAAUCGUGUAAAGCAUUUUUUAGAAGACAUGCUCUCAAAGAUAUGCCAUUGAAAUGUUACAAUAAUAGUAAAUGUGUUAUAACAAUUAAGACACGAAAAUUAUGCCAAAAAUGUAGACUUGAGAAAUGUUAUGAAAAGGGAAUGAGAAAAGAAUGUAUUAAAAGUAUUGAGGAAAACAAAAUGAGACGCGAAUUAAUUGAAGAAAAUCGACAAAAACAACAAAAAUUAAUGGUUUCGAUGUCAUCUCAGAAGUYAUAUAUUAGUGAUUUAACCGAUACUUUGAGUACAACUAAUGAAACAUUAGAUAAUAUUAGUAUCGAUGAACUUAUUGAUAGUUCUGUUAAUUUAAGUGAUGAAGAACUUGAACAUCAAAUUAUGGAUAUUGUAUGUUAUGAUCAAAACAAUAUCAAUCCAUUAAUUGCCAAAAACUGCAACACAUUUGAUAAAAAUSAUAUGAAAUGUAUUUUUACUCCGAUUUCAAAAUGUUUGACCGAUUAUAAGGGUUUGAAUGACUUAGAGACCAAUCGUGUCUCUGAAUUACUUAAUGCAAUGAAUAUUUUACAUUCAAUUAAGUAUUCAAAAACAAAGUUUAUAAAAGUUAAAAAUUUUGAAGAGAUGACUAUAAUAACGAGCAAUAAAAUAGAAAACUAUAUAAAAGAUAUCAUAAGUUUUGCUAAAAGUUUGAAUGGUUUUCAAAAUAUCUGUGCCGACGACCAAUUGAUACUCACUAAAUAUGGUGUCUUUGAAGUAAUGAUGUUUGAAAGUAUUGAUUUUUUCAAAAGUGAUUCAAAUAAAUUUAUAUCACCAUUUGAUGGAGAGCAUAACAUGAUAGUUGAUUUGAAUAUAUUUAAAAUGGAAACCAUUGAUUAUAUACAAAUUUUUAAAGAUUUUGUCGUUAAAUUUUUCAAUGAAUGUAGMCAAGACUCUUUUAUUAAAAAUAUGUUGACAGCAAUUAUACUUUUUAAUCCAAAGCGACCAAAUUUAAAGCAUAGUAAUAAUGUUAAAUUAGAGCAGCAAAUUUAUAUUUAUUUAUUGGAAAGAUAUCUAUUACUAAAAUAUGAAUCACAAUUUGAAUGUCAAACAAAAUUGGUAAAAAUAAUCAACUUAUUGAAUGAUUUCGAUAUUAUAUUGAAUAUACAACGUAUUCAUGGCUUUAAAUGUUUUGGCAAAUAUUUGCAUAAUUAUGGACCACUAUAUAGAGAAUUGUCAUUCAAAUACUAA